UUGAAUAAAUUCCACUGAGAAGAUCAUCUCCAGUUGCUUGUUAUUGUUUAAAGGAACAUAAUGUUGCUCCCAAAGUUUCUUUUCUACUUCUCAAUGAUAUUUCUUAUUGAACAGUGUUGUGGCAAUUCUUGCAGAGAAAAACAUGAAAUUAGUGUGAUUUGUAAUUCAUUUAGUGAUCUCAAUGACUAUCCGAAUCCAGAAAAGAAGAAUUUUAUUCAAAUAACUCUACCAAAAGCUAAUCGGACGGCAUUUUCAUGCAAUGCUGGGAUGUUCGCAAAGUUCACUGCUGUUAAGUAUUUUAAUCUGUCGGGCAUCGCUGUUGCAAGCAUAGACGGGGAUUGCUUCAAAGGAUUGGAUGAGCUCAAAGUAAUUGAUUUGAGUCACAAUGUCCUCACGCAGAUCGAUAUGAAGGCUUUUCGUUCGUCUGAGAAGGUAGAAGUGAGGAAGAUCUUCUUGGAGAAUAAUCGCAUCUUGGAGAUCAAUCUUAAUUCAGUUGUUCUACCACAACUACAGACUAUAAACUUAAAGAACAACAGUUUAACUUCCUUCUACCUCAAGACACAAUUUCUGCCAAGGAUAUUGCACUUAAAACUCGAAGGGAAUGAUAUUUGGAGAUUUGAAAUUGAAAGUCAGACACUAACAAAUUUAGAUUUAUCCCACAACUGCAUCAGUAAUUUUAUGAAGGAUCAUCUGAACUUACCUAAUCUUAAACAUCUCAAUCUUGCUGGGAAUCAUCUAACAACUGUUAAUACUGAUAUGUUUGCCAACAUGCCAAAGCUGCAGUAUUUGUAUCUGGCUCAAAAUAUUCUCGACACAGUUUCCCUACCAAAUAGCCAUCUAGUUCACGUUGAUCUGAACAACAAUCUCCUGAAGUUUAUGGACAAUAUUGCAGUGAACUUUGUCAAUCAUUCUUCUUUGCAUAUGAGCUUCAACAAAUUCUUUGAAAUAACUUCGCCAACUUCUUUCAGCAAACAUCCAUCUCGUUCUUUUGGGCAGCUCACUGAGUUAGUCUGCAACUUCUGCAACAUUCACCUAAUUAUGCCCUAUUUCAUCUACGACACUUCUCCAACUAUGGAAAGCCUAAGUCUACGAAGCAAUCUCCUUCGUUCAGUUGGAUUCUUUAAUUCUCGUCAAGGAGAUCUCAAUCUAAUUUCAAUUGAUCUUACAUACAACAAUAUUAGGCACAUCGAUCGAACUGACUUUGCUAAGUUGUCCAAAGUUAUUAACUUGUAUCUUGGUAGCAAUGAGAUUGCAUCCAUUGCUCCAGGAGCAUUUGAAAGCAUGGCUAUGCUGCAUAUUCUUGAUCUCAGUAAUAAUUUCAUCUUUGAACUUCCACCAAAUGGGUUUGAUCAAGUGCCCCUAGUUUGGCUUCUACUAAAUGGCAAUAACAUGGCCUUCUUCCCAAUACCAGGAUGGCAAAAUGUCUCUGUGAAGAUUUCCAAAAAUAACAGUAAAUUGAAUAGUCUCCAACUUUUAAAUAUCGAAAAUAACCCCUUCCAAUGUGAUUGCUUGGAAAGUAUUCACAUGUGGGCUCGAGAUAACUCAAUUGAACUGAAAGUCUACGAUACAAAAGUCAAAGCUGGGGUGAAACCGGCGUGCAUUGUUAACGAUCAGGGAUGUGAAACUAAUGUGGGGAAGGACUUUAUCAGAGGCUACUGGCAUCUCUUCAAUGACAACAAAAUUAAGGAUAUUAUCCAACUUGAGGAUGAAUAGGCUUAAAUCCAUUCAUAGGUGUUUAAGUAUUUGAUCUUCGUCUUGAAAAAUAUAAAAUUCAAUUUGUAGUGCAGAUUUGCUGUAUUCCUGUACAGAAAAUACAAGGGGUGUUUAUCUGGUGGAUA